AAUAAAGCGUGUCUCGGUGUUGAACUCUCUCAAAGUACACACAACAAUGAGUCGUAAGAGAGACAACUCCCACUUUUCCCGCCACGACUUCAAGCGCCGUCGUCCACUACCGGAGCCGGCGGAGGAAGAAAAACCUACCACAAGACCAACGCCGCCGUCUGCAGUGGUCGUCAUGGGUCUUCCUCUUGAUUGUUCCGUCCUCGAUCUCAAGUCUCGGUUCGAGAUCUACGGCUCCAUCUCCCGCAUCCGUAUCGACCGUGACGCCGUCGGAUACAUCACCUACCGGACCAAAGACUCCGCCGACGCCGCCAUUGCUGCUGGACACGAUCCUUCGUUUGGACUCACCGUCAAUUCUAAAAAGGUUCAGGUAUUGUGGGCAACAGAUCCUCUAGCAAUGUGGAGGGAAGGAGUUGGUAAGAAUAAGGAUGGUGUGUCUAUGUCAAAGCUUGUGCGAGCCGAGGUACCUUUGAGGAGGCAUGGAAGAGGUAAUAAGCUUGCUUCUGCUAUUGGGAAUACUAAAAGUAGUGAGGAUGGUUCUGGUAGCUCAGUUAUUGAAGUUCCUUUCAGGGGAAGAGAAAUUGUUGCUUAUGAUGAUAUCAUAAGAAACAGCACAAAGCAAGAAAGUAAAAGUAGAGUGAUGGAAGAAAGUGAAGAAGAGAAGAAGAAAUCAGAAAGAUUAUUAUUAUGGAGUUGGGGUGCUGGAACAGAUGGUCAAUUAGGAACAGAAAGACUUCAAGAUCAACAAAUUCCUCAACAACUGUCUAUCUCCUCUGUCUCUUCACUUGCCUGUGGCGGCGCUCAUGUCAUCGCCUUAACUUCUGCUGGGAAGGUAUUGUCAUGGGGUAGGGGCAGUUCUGGUCAACUAGGCCAUGGAGAGGUUGUCAAUAAUGUAUUGCAUCCCAAGGCUGUAACAUCAUUGGAUAAUUACUUCAUAACUCAUGUCUCUGCUGGUUGGAGUCACUCAGGUUUUGUUUCAGAUAAAGGGUGCUUAUUCACCUGUGGGGAUGGUUCCUUUGGUCAACUUGGACAUGGUGAUUAUGCCUCACACAGUUCACCUGUCAUAGUGUCAUCCUUUGUUGGUCAGCAUGUUGCACAGGUAGCAUGUGGAAUGCGCCAUUCUCUUGUCUUGUUGAAAGGUUCUCUUUCAAAUCAAGUUUAUGGAUUUGGUUCUGGGAAGCGUGGUCAAUUGGGUGUCUCCAAAGAUAAAAUCAAAUAUAUUAAUCUUCCUGAAGUUGUUAAUGGAUUUGAAGAUGUGGAAAUAGUUGGAGUUUCUGCAAAUGGAGAUCAUAGUGCUGCAUUAUCUGUUGAUGGGAAUCUUUACACCUGGGGAAGAGGCUUCAAGGGCUUUGAAGAUUCUCACCUUCCACAAUGCUUAAACUCUACAUUGAAAUUUACUAAAGCUACUCUAGGGUGGAACCAUGCUUUAGCUAUGACUGGUGAAGGCGAGGUUUAUAUGCUUGGUGGCAACCACCUUGGAGUGCUUAGUGAUCUUCACACUGUAAGACAGGCUAAGCAGUUAACCGAUUCAAGAGAAGCCAAUUUGGAGAAAGUGCCUGGUCUUGAUGAAACAAAGAUUACUGAUAUUGCUACUGGAGCUGAGCAUUCUGUCCUUGUCACAGAGAAUGGAGAAAUAAAGACAUGGGGUUGGGGUGAGCAUGGUCAACUUGGCUUAGGGGAUGAUGGUGACCGAAUCAGUCCUGUUACAGUAAGUCUUGGCUAUGAUCUAAGCGAAGCUGCAUCAACCAAAGUCUAUUGCGGAAGCGGCUUCACGUUUGCUUUAACUAAGCCCUAAAUGUUUAUCAAACUUGUUUAUACACUAGAGUGCAGUAUUUUCCUCACCUCCAACAACAGUCCAGAUGUAUGUUUCCGACUAAUCUGAAUGCGCACUUCCAAGAAAGUAUUUUGCUUUUCAUUCUCUUUUGGGUUCAGGUUGCAUUGCGCGCACUAGGAAGCAGAGUCCUAUGGCCUCUCAAAGCUGGGAACUGGAAGCAAAAUGCCCGCUGAUAUGAUAUGGGUAGGGAUAACUCAAAAACAAAAUUAGAGAGCUACAUUUUAUACUUUAUGGUGUAUACACAUUUUUUGUCAAAGAUGAUCUAUAGUCCUGCCAUUUAUGGAUCAUAUGGCUCAUUCUCGUUAUCGGCAUUGUAUACAAGCCAGUUUCACAUAUUCAGGUUUGAGCUAGAACAUGGCUGAGAUUCUCCUCUAGACUACAAUUGUAAAUUUAACUUGGUGGCCACUGAUUUUUCUUGUUACUGCAAGACUCAUGACUUCUUUCUAUUUAAUAGUCUAAUAAUGUUUGGUUUCUUGUAUGGCCAUAGUUGUAAUAAAGGAUUCAAUUUGACUUGAA